AAUUCAAUUACCUAAAAAAGCUGCUCACUUUUUCUUCACUCCUCUCUUCUUUUUCUUCUGCCAAAACCCCAAAAGACCUAAACUUUCAUCCAUUUAUAAAGACCCUUUUAAAGCUUUACAAUCCAGAAAGUGGUUUAUUUGAGUUUACUGAGUAAAAAUGAUAUUGGAGAGUAGUUUCAAGGCGUUGAAUAAGUACCGGAAGAAGAUGUUCAAGAGAGUUAAGGAGACGGUGAUGAAGACAAAGAAGAAGAAACAUACUAUGUUUCAGUAUGAUCCAUCUAGUUACGCCUUGAACUUCGACGAUGGAGGAGAGGUUCAUCAGAGAUUCUCCGGCGACUUUAAACACUGCAAGAUCACUUUGAUUUACGUUGUUUCCGUCAAAUUUUGAAAUUCUGUUACAGUUUUGAAACAGUCUACACUUGUUUCAGUGUCUCCCUCUCUCUCUCUCUCUGUCAUUUUCCAUCUUCUUUCUGUCAUUUCUUGUUUUUGUCAGUGUUACUGUGUUAGUGUAUUUUACUCAAAG